ACCACCAUUUACCGUACUAGUAGCUAGCUAGCUAGCUAGCAAGGUAAUUAAGGUAUUCAUCGAUCAUUAUUGCCAUACAUACAUACAUAAUUCCUCAGGCUCUGUCGACUGUCUGUCGGUCCAUCUCAUCUGAUUAUUAAUUUCUAAUUCUAGCUAAUUAUAUGUAUGUAUGGCUCAUCUCAUCAUCAUCAUCAAUAUCAUCUUAAUAAAAAUAAUAGCAAUAUUACUCUCUAAUUUCCGACCAUCAAAAGAAGCAGCAGCAGCAUCUUACAAUUAUAUUAACGUUGUUAGUAGUAAUUACGGGGCAAGAGGUGACGGUCGCACAGACUCGUCGCAGGCAUUCCUCAAGGCUUGGGGUGCCGCCUGCUCCUCCGCUGAGCCCUCCCUCAUCUACAUUCCCGACGGACACUUCCUCAUCAACUCCUCCCUCACUUUCAAGGGCCCCUGCAAAAACAGGAUCAACAUUCGCAUACUAGGAACACUCUUCGCCCCCACCGAUUUUCGUGCUUUGGCCGCCACCCACUCCUGGAUACUAUUCAUUCAGGUCAACAGGAUUACCCUCACCGGAGGAGGAACCCUAGAUGCCAAAGCUGCCGCAUUUUGGGCUUGCCGCAGGAACACUACUUCUUCUUCUUCUUCUUGUCCAGCUUCCGGAGCCAGGUCCCUAACAUUCAACUGGGCCAACGACAUUGUAAUCGACGGCCUCAAAUCAAUGAAUAGCCAAUUCAUGCACCUCGUCAUCAACAGCUGCAACAACGUUAUGGUACGAAACCUCCGGAUCCUGGCUCCGGAUGAAAGCCCAAACACAGACGGGAUUCACGUCCAGCACUCCACCGGAGUCACCAUUUCCACCUGCACCAUCAGGACAGGGGACGACUGCAUCUCCGUGGGACCCAACACAAAGAACCUGUGGAUGGAACGGAUACAGUGCGGGCCCGGUCACGGAGUGAGCAUUGGAAGUCUUGCAAGGGACUACAGUGAAGGGGGAGUCCAGAACGUCACUCUCACCAACUCCGUCUUUACUGCUUCAGAAAAUGGUCUCAGAAUCAAGACAUGGGCCAGACCCACCACCGCCUUUGUCAAAAACAUUCAUUACCGAAACAUUGUCAUGAAGAACGUUCACAAUCCCAUUAUCAUCGAUCAGGACUACUGUCCUAACAACCAAGCUUGUCCGGGACAGAGUUCCUCCGGGGUGAAGAUAAGUGACAUAACGUAUCAGAAUAUAAAAGGAACCUCUGCAACUCCGGUGGCGGUGCUGUUUAAGUGCAGCAAAAGCAACCCUUGCAGAGGGAUCAAACUCCAAGACAUCAGUCUCUCUUACAUGAACCGCCCUGCUCAAUCCUCCUGCCUCAACACCAAUCACGGAUCCUCCCUCCGAGUCGUGUCGCCCAAGAGUUGCCUGCCUGUGAGUGAGUGAAUGAACAACAUUUAAUUACCCAUCUUUUUUCUUUUUUUUUUGAAUUUCAGACACAUAGAUCUAGAUACAAGCAACAACCUUAAUUAAUUAUUCAUUACUCCUUCUAAUUGAAGGUUGCUUCAUAGUUAAAUUAGAACAAGGAAGCCAGUAAGAGACCAGUUCAAGUAUAUACCAAUAAUUCUGUUUU